UUUUGUAAUUUGACAUUUGCCAGAACCAGUGACGUGUGUACUUGUGGGAUCUAAAAUAUUUUAAGGCAUAAAUCAUUUUAAAACACCUCGUGCAUAAUGGCUAAACUGACAUAUUUGUAUCGUUCCGAUGAAGUGAACUGUGUAAAGGUAUCUAAACGACAAAUUCCUCUGAUUGGUGGAGAAAAUUUAAUGAUGCUAAUGGAUUUAAACUCAAAAGGCCUCGUUUUCGAUCAGCCUCCAAUUAAGGGUCUUGAAUUAGAGGAAUUCACUAAAAAAUAUCAGCUUUUAUCACUUGCUGAGUUACGUGUCUCAUUACAAGUUUCUACAACAGAUUUUACAGCAAUAUUAAGCCAAAAUGUGCCUUGCGUUGGAUGCAGAAGGAGUGUUGAAAGGCUGUUUUAUCAAUUGAUGCUUUCUGGGCAUCCAACAUUUGAUCCAGUUGUAAUAACAAGUAAAGGCAUCCUGACUAUAAGUGAAGAGAAAAUCAGGUCUCCGCAAUCAAUUUGCACAUUGCUUCACAAGCAUAAAACCCUUUUGGAUGGGCUGUUGGAAAAUCAACUACGGAAUCGGAAAAAAAUACGGUGCAAUCUACAUUCGUUAGAAUCUUUUCGAUCACGUCCAUUUUCAGAGACAUGGGUAGAAGUGUGGAACUGCAUGAACCAACAAUGCAAAGAUGAAGUUGCAGUGGUAGAGGCUUCUGAAUUGCAAACCACGCUUGACGCAUAUCUCAGAAAACAUAAGUUUUGUCAAGAGUGUCGCUCAAAGGUCGAAAAGGCAUACUGCUUGUUAGUUUACGAAAGUAAUCCUACGAAGGAACAAGGAUAUGCUGCCCAUUUGUAUUCUGGUAUCAAACGUUGUCUAAUGGAUAAGCAUAUUCAUUUGCAAACUAAGCAUGAAUACAUCGAUGGGCUAAUCAAGCGAGCCGAACCUGAGUUGAAUGGCAGAACUACUAAAAAUCGUGAGCGACACGCAAAGACACUUGAAAUCGCCCAAGACGAAGUUCUAACAUGCAUUGGAAUGUGUCUUUACGAAAAACUAAGGCGUAUAAGCGUUUGUCUUCACGAAGAAGAAAAUGCGUGUCAAGUGUUUUCAGCUGUUGCUGUGUACGCGUUGAGGCGGAGCUUUGAUAUGGCUGUGGAGCAAAAGCAAGGAAUAAGCAACUUAGAAUUACUUUAUGAAGAAAUUAGCCGCGAAGAGAAAUGCAAGGAACAAAAAAGAGAACAGAAAAAGUUGAAGAAACGAAGGAAGCGAAAUGAAAAAAAACAUCUGGGGGAUAUUGCACCUGGUUUAGAACGAUUCAAAAUGGAGCCAGUUUUUAAAGGAUGUUUUUGUACGACUGUAGAACGUAGCUACGAAGAAACACAGUUGAAUACGAACACGAUUGUUUGUAACGCUACCAUAAUUGACACUCAAGAAUCGUUGGGAAACAUUAAUCACAAGGGCAGUAGUUUUCUCAAAUCUGAUAUAGUAUCAAAUAUAUGUAAAUCAUGCGACGAAACAAAUACUAGGGAUAUGUGUACGCCUUGCGCAUUAAACGAUGGUGGAUAUUCUUCUGAAGCACAUAAUACAGAGUCAUCUCAUCUGGGAUCAAGAACAUCAAGUAUUGUUAGUACCCCCGAGGGGUCCGAAGUAGCAUGUUCAGAUGGCUUUUGUAAUCACGAUAGUUUACCACCAUUGAGAAAGACUGCACUUAUAGAACAAGCUCAUAGUAUUAGAAAGUCACAGGCUGUGAGGUCGAGUGUGACAAGACCCACGAUGACUCUGCAAGAAAUGUUGGAUAAAUCUUCAACUGAAGAUGACGAUACUGAAAUGGAUGUUAUUCCACAUGAACACAUAUUAGCGUUUAAAUUACGAAGUAAUAUUAUUAGACAGCAAAGGGAGGCACUUCGCAAACAACUUUUGAAUAACUUUAAACGAUUAUGCAUUAACCAAUGUAAAAAGGAGCUUCAUGAUGAAUAGUAGAAAUACAUAAAAUUAUGUAUUUAAUAAUUAGCAAUUCAAUUUGUAUAAUAAAUCGCUUAAAAAGCUUUCCCCA